AUGCAAGUACAUCGCACGCGAAUACUGACGAAGAUCCUGAGUUCUCAAACACCUUUAAAAUGGUUUCCCAGUCUUAGCGAGUAUUGUCGAGAGCUCACGGCACUAGCAAGUGGCUGGAAGCUCGUCGGCGACGUUACGCAGGCUCGUUUAACGUUAGGUAAGUGCUGUGAAGUGACUCGGCGCCAUCUCAAAGUGCCUUUCGCCAAAACUGCUCCCGCCGAAAAUGUCGACAGCCAAGCACUACGAUCCGCCGCCAGAAUAGCGAAAAAACUGUUGCUCAACUGCCGCCGGCUCGCGUGUUAUCCUCUCUUAGCAAGGAUCUCUGGACAUUGUUUUUAG